UUGGAAAAUUAUAUUGUUGCGUAAUCACAACGUUAGGCAGUGUCUCGAUUUCAUCUUGAACUUUUGUUGAAGAAAAUUCCGGGAGCUAAAAUUUGCUUUGGAUCAGCUUUGUGCAUGGAUGCCAAUUUGUUUUCAUUAGUAUACCAGCUUCGGUGAUGUGGUAGAUAGCUAGCAUGAUGUCAGGUCAACAUGGGAAGGAGGAAGAGGGAAAGACCGCACAAUCAAAUCCCAAUGCUUUGAAACCGUGGCACCAAAUGGUUGCCUCUGGCAGUGGGGCCCUCAUCACUGCUAUUACAAUGACCCCACUUGAUGUGGUGAAGAUCAGACUACAAGCACAGGCUAAGCCCAUGCAGAGUGGUCAGUGUUUUUUCUACUGUAAUGGACUUAUGGACCAUGUAUGUAGAUGCCUCAAUGGCUCUCAACCAGGAACAGCCGCUCCAUGGUACAAGGCACCUAGCAAGUUUAAUGGCACCUUGGAUGCCUUUGUGAAGAUUGCACGAAAUGAAGGAGUUUUCAAGUUAUGGAGUGGUCUCUCUCCCACACUUGUGAUGGCAGUACCUGCAACCAUCCUGUACUAUACCUCCUAUGAUCAGCUGAAGUAUCGUCUCGACUACAAGCAGGGUGUCAAGGGAGAGCUAUGGAAACCAAUGGUAGCAGGGGGCGGUGCUAGAUUAUUCGCCUGCACUGUAAUUGCCCCGCUAGAGCUUAUACGCACCAAGAUGCAGUCCCGACCUUUGACCUACGCUGAGAUGGUAGGGUGUGUCCGCACAGCUGUCACAGAAGAGGGCAUCAUGUCGUUAUGGAGGGGGUGGAGUCCUAUGGUCUGGAGGGAUGUGCCCUUCUCAGUUAUAUUAUGGCUGAACUAUGAACCUUUGAAGGGACGAAUUUGUAAAGAAUAUGGUCUUACAACCCCAACAUUUCCCAUUGCAUUUUUCUCAGGAGCAUUUGCUGGCACAAUUGCAGGAGUCCUAACACAGCCUUUUGAUGUAUUAAAGACGCACAGACAAAUAGAGAUGGGGGAUAUUGGAGAUAUGAGAAGGUCUAAACAAGUAUCGAGUCACACACUAGACAUCAUGAGGAAGUUAUAUGCUGAAAAGGGACUGAAUGGCUUAUAUGCAGGUACCCUGCCUAGACUCUUCAAGAUUACACCAGCUUGUGCAAUCAUGAUCGGUUCCUAUGAACUGGGUAAAUCUAUCUUCCUCAAGGAUGUCAAAUGAGAUGAAUACUCUUGCCCUUGGAAUGACAUACAUUUGUUUAGAGAGCUUUGAGCUAUUGAUACCAUCCAUAGGAAUCAUGAUGCCUUAUCCAUUGAUAUCUGACUCGAUCAUGCUGAUGGCAGACUUACCAUGCAGUAAUUGUUUUUCUUUACUCCUUUGAACAAUUUGCUCUAUUGGAUCAAUGAUUGUAUUUUUGUGAACAAUUAUGAUCAUGAUGCCAUCAGUCAUGCUGACAGUCACAAUGCCUAAAUGCUGUGAUAGGUCACUGAAGUGGAUACCAGUAUUAAAAAGGAUUUUCAGUCUACAUCCAGCAAAAGACUUCAAUUAUUUUGCUUAUAUUAUGAUAGUAAUAAUGAUCAUGGCAGUAAUAAAGAUAAGGAUGAUAAUAAUAUGGGCUAUCUGUAGUCCAACUUUUCGAUGCCCAUGGUGUUAAAAAAAAAUAGGCAUUACUUAGUACAGAUGAAAACAACUCCACCAUCUUACUGAUUUAAAUUAAAUAAUUUUUUGAGUCGCACAAAAUGAUAAAAAUGGGGAUAACAUUUGAAGGGCGCCUUACACAAACACUUUCAAGGCUGCAGUUGGGCUAAAUAUCAUCACAUACCAGUGUAUUCUAUUGUUGCUUAGUUCAUGUAAGAGUGAAAGAUAUGUUUAUUUGUUUUACUUUCAAAAUGUGCAACAUUUUUUAAGUUACUACUGUACUUGCUUGUACUUGACACAGUCUUCCCCAAUGAGAUUUAUGAGAUUUGAUGUAUUCAUGGCUAUGUGAACAAAGCGGGCAAAGAGUGAACUUACUUUUUUAUUCUAUUUUAAUCAAUUUUACUUAUCUACUUCUCUGAUUUUUUUUCCCCUUUAAAAAAUUUCCAUGUUUGGGUUCGCCUCUGACAUAUGUGUUGAUAAGGGUGUAAACAAAGAAUGGAGCUGAGCAACUAGCCAUUCAUUAUUAGCCUUGUCAUUGGAAGGUCAGGGCAACCUUGACAUGAACAAUUCAACAUGCUACAACAGCUCUGUCUACAGAAAGCAAAACUUUUUUGAAAAAUGGGAUAGUUGUUUUGAGUGAGGUUCUUGCCCACAGCUAAUUGCUUUUACCUCUGCUUUUUUGUUUCCUGUCAUGCUGCUAACCUCACAAAGGGUUCUGGGGGAAAAAAGGGUUUUCACUCCCAAAUGAAGAUGGUUUCUGUCAAAUUUCUACAAUAAAAUCAUACCAACCUAUUUUGCCCGGAAAUUUUUUAGAGGGUGGUGCAGCACCCCCGCUUGUAGGACCAUGCCUCACAAGAGAGCAGGGGUGCAUCAAGGCAAAAAAAUGGUAAAUGGGGCAAGGACUGAAAUGGCAUCCAUUUCCAAAAUCUGAAACAGGGGAAAAAAAACAAUUGGUAUCAUAAUUACCGUUAGCAGGCGAGCCACCUUACAGUCGCUCAAGCAUUUGAGAAAUUUCUUCCUAAAGGGCACCCAUUCACCUCACCUGUGUUUAGUGCUGCACAAUGUGGGUAAAUUUCUUACUGAAGGAGAACAGGCCAUGGUUUGGAAUAGAACACGAGUCCCUCAGAUUGAUACAUUACUUUGUUUUGAUGGUCUGUUUCGUCCUAAUCAUGUAUAUGUACCGAACCAUAUGUCAUAUUAUACAAUUAGUAGUUGCCUAUAAGUCGACUUUUGUCUAGUACUAGCCAUUCAUCAUUCCCAUCAGAAGAAUAAUUAACAUCAAUGGUGAAUCAAUACCCAAACACAAAAAAAGGUCACUGCAAGUCGGCAUUCAAGCAAUUUUCAUCCACUCUAAUUCUUUCUCAUUUCAAGUCAGUGAACAGUAGACUUUUGCAAUUUCAAAACACACCUCUUACUUCAUUAGUUGUUUGAAGAAGUUUAUGUAAAUGACAGAUAAAUAUCACUUGCAUGCAACUUCUGGAAAGUUUGACUCUCAGAAUUUCAUUGUUGGCUUAAUUUGAUGCCCCAAUUCCAGCCGUUGAUUGCAUUUUGUUCAAUUGAGGUGGUUUCCUUAUUGUAUAAUGAGUGUUUUCAUAGAUCAAGAUCUUGAUUAAUUCCCAAUAAUUUCUUAGGUUUUCAUGAAAAGGAAAUUGCAGUUAUGGUUAUUAUAAAUUUGGUGACAGCUGUCAUUCAAUAUCACUCAGGAACGAAUGAAAUUUAGGUUUCCAUGGAACCAUUGAAGUUAGAAUGAAUGGCAAAUAUUAUGCAAAAAAAGAUGCCUUGUUAAUGAUAUCAAAGAACAAUAUAUAAACAAUAGUAUGUGGAUUUUCAAAUAUGGCAUCACAUAACUUCCUUUUCUAAUACUUUUGAUGAUGAUGUUAAAGCAUUGAGAUAGUUCUGUUUUACCUCUGUGGUUAGGGUGUUGAUUAAAAAAUAUUGCCAACAGACAUACCUACGAUACUAAAGCAGAAGAAUCAUUUACUAGUAUUCAGAUUUAUCUUUAGAUUAAUCAGCUCUCAAAUAAUUGUUUAAUUUUUUUUUCUUGAGAAAUGUACUAAUCUAUGAUUUUCUGAUAUUUUAUUGAACUUAACUGAUAUAUGUAAGAUCAUGUUUCUAUGAGUAUUUUAUUGUUCUUGUCAGAAUUUCAAAAAAAUAUCAUUUUUUAUUAUAUUUUGCUCUUUUGCCUGGUCCAUGCAUUUAUAUUGAGACUAUGUAUAGAUAUUGUAAAUUACAGAUAUUGUAUGCCCAGGCAGGGACUUGGCAACAAUAAUGUGUAUAAACAAUCAUAUUUAAAUUGUCUACUUCCAUUUGUGGGAAUAAAAGAAUUUUGAUCAUAA